UAGAGUUACUAUUCUAACUAAGGUACUUAUUAACUCCAUGGUUUAGCCCAAGCCCCAAAGCAUAUUCUAAUAAAUCUAAUACACAAACGCUUAAUAUUUUCCAAAAAUGAGUUCCGAAGAUACAAAAGAGAAAAUACUAAAUCUUGCAAGAAAAAGCUCGAAAGGAAUUACAGACAAGGAUAUAAUUGCUGAAAUACCUGGCAUAUCAUCAGUAGAACUAGUAACUGCUUUAAAUGAUCUGCUGAAACAAGAACGUUUUGAUUUAUUUAAUCAAAACGGAUCUUUAAUUUAUAAGUUGAAAACUCAAACAAAUAAGCACGCAAUCAAAGGAGCAGAUAAUGAAGAAAAGGUAGUCUAUAAUCUGAUUGAAGAAGCAGGAAAUAAAGGAAUUUGGAUUAGAGAUAUUAGGAUCCGUUCGAAUCUUGCAAACACUCAACUGACUAAAGUCCUCAAAAAUUUGGAAAGUAAAAAAGUGAUAAAAGCUGUGAAAUGUGUUAAUGCCUCUAAAAAGAAGGUUUAUAUGCUUUACAACUUGGAACCAGAUAGAUCAUUGACAGGGGGAGCUUGGUACCAAGACCAAGACUUUGAAUCCGAGUUUGUAGAUGUCCUCAAUGUACAAUGCCACAGGUUCUUGAGUCAAAGAGCUGAUAAUAUGAGAAACAAUCCUAGGGGACCUGUUUUUGGACGAACACAAGCUUAUGCUACUGCUACUGAAGUCCAAAAAUAUAUUACUGAUCUGGGAAUUAGUAAAGUUGUAUUAGAUGUUGAUGAUGUAACAACAAUUUUAAACACCCUAGUGUAUGAUGGGAAGGUAGAAAAAAGUGUGUUUCCCGAUGGAAGUAAUGUAUAUAGAGCUAUAGAAACUCUUAUACCAUCUUCAGGCCUUGUUCAAGUGCCAUGUGGAAUAUGCCCCUUGAUUCAAAGAUGUAAUUCCUCAGGACUAAUUACUCCACAAGUUUGUAAUUAUAUGACUGAAUGGUUGGAAUAAUUAAAAAAAAAAUAUAAUUAAUAACAUUUUUAAUACCUAUUUAAAUAAGUAUCAUUGAUCUAGUUAAAAGAAUAUAAGCUUCCUCUACAAAUUAAAUUGUGACUAGAGACAUUAUACUUAAAAGCAUUAAAUAAUAUAUUUCUGUUGAAAACACAUACUAUUUUAAUUCUAUUAUAAGUUCAAAAUUUUUGCUUUUAAAACAGAUAUUUGUAGAACAUUACUUAACAAUAGAAUACUUAGUUACAAUAUGAAUAUUGUGUGCACAUUUGAAAAACCAAUACUUUUAUAACUGUAGAUAAUUUUAUAUAGUUAAAAUUACGUAACUUUUAACUGAGAAAAGUCUACUUUAUAACUUGUCACACAGAAGGCUCCUGUUUUAAAGCAAUUUAUUGCAAAUUAGUUAUGGUCAACAACAAUUUUGCAACAAAUUAUUUAACAUUCUAGUGGUCAUUUCAACAUUUUAAUGCAAGUACAAUGUGUAAUUUAUACUGUAAAAUCCUCAAAAUAAACUUCUAAAAUUAUUCUCGAUAUUAUGCAAAAUACCAGAGAGUACAGCUGGCUCCCUCCUAUUUCUUGUAAAUUUAUCUUCAUCUCUUUCUUUCUCAUAUUCAGUAUUAUUUUUGGGGAAAAAUGAGCUAAAUGCGUCCAUUUGUAUAUAAUUCAACGACUGCAAUAUUAGGCCUUUAUUUGGAUAAGGUGUGGGACUAAGAGUUGGUGAAUUGUGAUUUAUAUGUUCAGGAACGUGAUUAUUUAGUGUGGCAUCUGGUGGUGAUCUCCCAUUUGUACUAUCUUUGUCAGAGGAUGGGCUGUUUUUGGGUGCUUGAUCUCCACCUAUUAAAAAUAGAAAAUAAAUUGAUGAUUGAUAUAUUUACAUUGUUCUUAGAAUCAAUACUAAGAAAAAAUUUAUCAGCAAGCUUUGUCACCAGUUUAAAUAUUUCCAUGCCAUAGUGUGUGAUAUUGAUAAUAUUACAAUUUCUGAGAUGAUAAAAUAAUUAGAACCUGUACACCACAUGAUAUCAAGCAAUAAAUAUGCAUGACAGACUCAAGUACCAACCAUACUCAUAAAUUGAGUUUUAGCGCCAGUCAGAAGCAACAAAACAAAUUGCAAACCAACAGUUCGAAUUAGUUGGAACUAUGUUAACUUAGUGAUAAGCAAAAAGUAAAGAUUUAACUCUUACUGCUGCCCUUGGGAAGCAUUACAGUGUCUGAGAAAUAUGUAUGCUAACACCAUCAUAAAUCAGUAUCUUUGAAUAAAUUAAAAGAACAGGUUACAAAUAUAUGAAAGAUUCUAUCUAUAAAGUACUUUAUAUUAUAUUUUUCCUAAAUCGAGAAUAAUAAAAUUGGCAGUAUAAAUUAUUUUGCAAAUGUUUUGUAUGAUUUUACAUCUCUAUGUACUGGUGUUUAUAGAAAAUAGAAAAUAAAAAAUGGUCCAAUUUGUUUGUGAAGCACAUGUCCAUAUUGAUUAUGUAGACAUUAAAAAUCAACAAAUAACAACAAUGAACCUUCUAUUAAGAUAUAUUUAAACAAAAUUAUUAUUUUUCCACAACAGUGGCUUAAUGAUAGUUUUAGCUGGUCUAUAACUGAUCUAUGGGUGAAGACUAGGCUUUUAUAACCACAUUUCCAAUUACAGUUCAUUUGAACAUCAGAUUUAUAGACAUAGCAACAUGCAAAAAAGGCAGUUUGGUAAAUAUUUUCAACCAACUAUAUAACUUGUUCAUAAAUAAAUAAAUUUUACUCAUAUUUAUACAGUGUAUAAACCCGACCCAUAAUAACACUAUUAUCAUUUUAAGUUCAAAGUCUUCAUUCAAACCUUAUAAUGUUAAGAAAAGACCAAAAAGACCAUAUUAUAUAAUGUAAAUGGUUCCAAAAAAAUUUACAGGUGCAACAGAAUUAGUUUUAUUUACUAACAACAUACCAAUAGAAUGAAUAAGCCUUUCCAUUUCUCGGAGUUGUGUCUGUUGUUUUUGCACAGUAAAAUACAAAUCUGUGAUAGUACUUGUGAUGUGUUUCAUCUCCUCUUCACGCUUGGCUUCUUUGGCUGCUUCUUUUUUACUUUGCCUAAAAAUAGUCAAAAUACAAUUUCGAGACAUCUUUUAAAUUUACCUUUUAUACUGUGAAAACAUACCUAUUGUACUCGAUCACUAAAAGGCUAGCACCAAUUACGAAUAUAACCGUUUCGCCAAGAAGAUUUGCUCCAAGUUCAAUGGCCAUUUCCUGGCUUAAAACAGGAAUAUUGACAGGUUUUCCCAAAUUUAAAAUCCACAUUUUGGCUUUAACUUCACACCAAUUGUAAACUGUGAAAAAAAGUACAUGAGAAAGGUUUGUUUCGCUUAUGUAUAAAAAUGAUUUUAUAUGGAAACGUGAAAAGCAUUAUUACUUACAUUGCGCUGGAGGCAUACAAACAUAAGUUCUGAAAAAUGGAUUAUUCUUGGCUCUCUCCUUGCACACGUUCGCGAUUGGUUUACUUAUCUGUUUCACCAACAAAACAGAUAAUUUAGCUAUUGGAAACGCCCCUACAACCAUAUUGUAUGGGUUAUUCAAAAUAAAUACAAUAAAUCCAAAAAUUCGGUUUAGUCCUUCACAAUGGUUUACAGAAUCUCAAUUAUUUAUUCCCAGGGUUCGUAAAAUCGUCGUAAAGUUUUGGACAUUUGAUAAAUUUGACAGUUAACUUAUUGACAGUUUUUCUUCGGCAUUAAACAAUACAUCCUUGUUCACUUAUCCCCAAGAGUAACACAUUUUAGGCUGGCCCCAAUAUUUAUUAUUAUAUUUUAUCUAUUAGUUUCAAUCUAUUAUUUAUAUACAAAAAGCUGAUUUCCACUCACCCUUUACAAGUUCGAAAUUACCAGGCCGAUGAUUUUAAAUUUGACAUACAUAUUUUUGCGACACAGACGCUCAGUAGGAACAGAUUUUAUGUAAAUCCUAUUCUGAUUGGGUUUUACGUACCUAAGCUUCGCAAAAUUGCCAUAAUAAAUUGGCAAUUUCGGGGUCGUAAAACGAUCCAGAUUCUGCAAAACACUACUCUUUUUAGGCCCAAUGUUAGUAAACUCUCUCAGGUUGAGCCCGUGAGCUUAUCUACCAGUCCGUGAGUAACUGGAAUAACUCCCCCAUCUAUUAGGUAGAGAAAAAAUCCCCGAAAAACGCACCAUGCUUAGUUAUUUCUGUGAGUUAAGCUUCAAGGCAAAUCUAUCACUAUAUAUGUAUAUUCAUAUAUUCAUUGAACAAAAGUAAUAAAAUGGAACGGGAAACCUAAUAUCAUUUGCAAUUUUUAGGAUUUUUUUGUUCGUGUUAUGUUUAUUUGUGCUCGUCUCCGAAAGUACUGGACCGGGAAUCCAUUUACGGAUACCCGGUCGAGGGGAGCAUUGGACCGGGUUAUGUUGGCCUCAGCGCCUUAAGAGAGGAAGAGGGAGACGAGGAGGGCCAAGGUCCUCCUCCAAUUUCUCGCAGGAGAAUACGCCUUGAAAAAGGCGCGCGAGGCACUCGCCCAGCAAAACUAACUAACGACUUUAACCACAUCGAGCUCUACCACACCGGCUUUUUUUUUUCAGGCCAGGGGCUGAACCUUCUACGAGGUCCCCGCGCCUAGGGGGCGCGCGGAAUAUGUGGGACUUGACGAUCUGCAAAAAAAUCUGGUCUUGCUGAUCACACCGGUUACACCAAUUCUACGGUACCGUAGUGCGCGCCGAGUUCGCCUUUGCUUUUACCCGUCCUGAUGAUACGACGGGAUGUCAUUUCCGGGAAUAUCCCAAAGGACGUCGACUCGGGAGACAAGCCGUGGGCGGCCACACGAGCCACCUUGCACCGCCUCACCACCGGACCGAGAGUCUGACCGGGCUGAGCGGGACCUUCCCGCACGCGCCGCCCUCCCCGCCUUCUGCGCUGCGCUUUCACGCUUCUCAGACUCACAAAACAUCAUGACCAGAUCACAAAACCUGGCCAUUACUUCCCACAAGCUCUGGUCAUCUAAAAUGCGGGCGACGGCAGCCCGCAAGCAGAGGACCCUCCCCAGCAUCACGAUGAGAUCUCACCACGAGUGCUUCCAACGCGGGCAUGCUUCGAGCGCGUGCUGAGUGUCAUCGUCCGGAUGUCUUCACUCCUGGCAACCCGGAUGUGACCUCUCCUGCAGAUCUUUCACGGGUACCUCCCGAAACAGCCAUGUCCCGGGAGGACCUGCGUAAGGUGAAAGGAAAGCACGCCGUGUUACCGAUCCGACCAUGCCUCCAUCACGGCCACCAGGGCCUCAAGGCUGCGCUGGCGGGUGGCCGAAGUUCGGCCAAGUUCCUCCAUCAACCGCUCCCUCCACUUAGCGUGCGCCACAUGAUGCGCAGCACGUCUUCACCGGGAACUGGGCCCCUAGCGGCAAACGCAGACGUUCGAGAAGUUAAAAAACUGGCACCAAACACACUGGUAUAUUCUGCAUCUGCAUUCAGGAAAAAAACUGGGAAUAAUUUGUUAUAUUUGUCAUCAUUAUCUAUUGAUUUUAUUUAAUUAACACAAAUACAAUAUGAAUAUUUACAAGAUUUAGGCAGACUUAUACGUAUUUUGUUUCCUACCUAUGCUGAUAACCUUGAGCCUUGAUACCGGUCACUCACAUUCGCACGAAUACGCAAACCCGCAAGUGUAGGACGACAUUUGCAAAUGAUUAUGCAAAGUUUUCGCUGCAUUCGUGGUUUUCCAAGCUGUGUCGGUUUUUUGACAGACAUCAAAGCGCGCGAACCGCGAUCCUUCGCGUACUCUCCACACAUUCAUGUGACCAGUUGCGCCCAGGAUUGCAAAGAUAUGAAGGGUUACUGAUGUCCCGGAGGCUUUUCCAGUUUCACCAGGACAAGUGGGCGAGCAAAGACUUGGGACUCUCUCGGCGCCGCGGCGGCACAAUCAUAAACUAACACAGAGUACACACUAAAAAGUGGAAAAUUAAACAAUUGCGACAGGUGACUUCUCGGGUUCUUUCAAGCAGUUUACUUUCGUCUUAAUGCGUGGUUCGAUAAGCCUCCUCCCAGCCAUAGCCAAACUAUACGAACGCCUGCUUCGUAAUCGCCUUUACGAUUUUGUCACAUUGAAAGGCAUUCUUCACGAAGCGCAAUUUGGAUACCGCGCCCGACACUCGUGCGUCCAAUUAGUGAACCGCCUCACGAUGCACAUCUUAGUAAGGGUCAGCAAAACGAGACUAAUCCCCACAGGAGCCAUUUUUUUUCAAUAUUUUUUUAUUCUUAUUAUUGCUUAAUUGGGUGGACGAGCUUACGGCCUAUCUGGUGUUAUAAGUGGUUACCAGAGCCCAUAUACAUCUACAACGUAUACGCCGCCACCCACCUUGAGAUAAGAGUUCUAAGGUCCAGUAUAGUUACAACGGCUGCCCCACCCUUCAAACCGAAACGCAUUACUGCUUCGCAGCAGGAAUAGGCAGGGUGGUGGUACCUACCCGUGCGGACUCACAAGAGGUCCUACCACCAGUAAAUAUAUACUGUACUGUACACUGUGUAUAUACUGUACACCAGUAUAAUAUCGCGAAGGCGUUUGGCAAAGUCUGGCACAACAGUUUAGUCAAAAAAUUCUACAACAUGGACGUGUCAAUCUCAUGCUCAUCACAUGAGACUUCUUGUCAAACCGUUCAUUUCGGUAUCGAGUAAAGAGAACCCGAUUUUUCCCCCAUCAAAUCUCGCAAAGCUUUGCUCUCUUCCUGUUACUGUUUAAUUUGAGCAUCAAUGAUAUACCCCGGUUGCCAGCAACCCAUGUAACCCCCGACCCCUCUCUUCACCGAUGACAUGGCUAUAUACUACUCGAGUAAGACGACGAGAAUGCACUGUCUAUUGUAUCUAUAAUUGAAGUGACGUCUGCUAUGUACUUUUGUUACGUUUUCAAUGCUUUUAUUGAUGAUCAGUUUGUUGGUGCAACUAAAUAAAUAAAUUAAUUAAAACCAAGUAGUGCCAGCCCUAGCCAAUUUCUCUAUUUGCACUAAUUUCGUUCCUAUUAACCGCAAUUUCCGGGUAAAUACCUACUCACCUAUUUUUGCUUAAGCUGGAAUGCUAAUUGCAUAGUUUUAAAUUGGAAACAAAGAUACCCCCAAGACUCAAACAUUUUGAUCCUGAUAUAGCAUUAUAUACAUCAACAACUACCAUAAAAUUGUUCAUCAAUUUGGAAUUUGUCCCUAAUCACCCCGUGUUACCGGUACCUAAUGGAUAUGAAAAUGUCAAAUUCAUUGACAGUUCGGGUGUCAUGGUAUUCCGAUAGAUCCGAGUUUUCCCGAUGGAAAAUAAUUUCUCACUACACUUAUACAUACCUACAUUACCUACGUUAACACUUAACAUCCAUUUACAUACAUAAAUUAAGACGGUUAUAAUAGUGCGAUGCUACUCAAAAACGUCAUAAAAAUGCGAUAUUAAAAUUUAAGGAAUUAAAUUUUGAUGUUUUUAUUUUAAAACUUCUUUGUGCACAAUAACUGCUUAUUUACCUUUUCACCAUUCCUCUAUAACAUUUUGGAGACAAAUUAUGACUACUGAUAGUGAUAGUGUUAUGAAUAAAACGUGGAUACGCAAUUUGUCUUCAAUACAAAAGAUUGCUUAUGCUGAUGGUGCAGCUGACGGGCAAGCUGCUGCAUACCAAACAAGCUUUAACAUAGGUUACGAAAAAGGCUUUAGCACAGGUUUUGAAUUAGGUUCAAACAGAUCUAGUAGAUCUAGAAAUAUUAUUAACAAUUUACAAGAUACAAGAAAAAUAAAUUGCCAAAUUUGUAUAAACGGAGCUCCAACUGAAGAGAACAUUGGAAAUCUGUACAACAUACAGCAAGAGAAGAACCUGGAAUUGAUCAACAAUUUAAAAGAGCAAUAAAAAGCUUUAUCGUUAA